UUCCUUUACAGCGAGCGAGGCUAGGCUACAUCCAUCCCCCACUGCGUUUCCCCAUCACUGCUGGACAGAUCACUGGAGCCCACUGAUCGUCACGCAAAAAUAGAGCAGUGGGACUUUAUUACAUUAAACAUAUCAGGUUUGUAACAGUGGAGGGAAGGUACACUCAGGAUGGUCACCAUUCCAGAGUACUAUGAAGGAAAAAAUGUGCUCAUCACAGGGGCCACAGGCUUUAUGGGGAAAGUACUGCUGGAGAAGUUGCUACGCUCCUGUCCCGGCGUCAAAGCUGCCUAUGUGCUCGUCAGGCCCAAAGCAGGACAGGCUCCUGGCGCCCGUAUUGCUGACAUGAUCAAUUGCAAGCUUUUCGACAGACUCCGGGAGGAGCAGCCUGACUUUGCAGAGAAGAUCGUGGCAGUUAACAGCGACUUGACUCAGCCAGAUCUGGACCUGAGCACAGAAGACCAAGAGACCCUCAUGGGCUGUAUAAACAUAGUGUUUCACUGUGCUGCCACUAUUCGCUUCAAUGAGCCGCUGAAAGAUGCCAUGCAGUUGAAUGUGCUGGCCACGCAGAAGAUGGUAAGCUUGGCCCACAAAAUGAAGCAUCUGGAGGUAUUAAUCCACGUGUCCACAGCCUACGCCCACUGUGACAGAGAGCUCAUCGAAGAGGUGGUCUAUCCACCACCUGUCGAUUACAGAAAGCUCAUAGACACACUUGAGUGGAUGGACGACAAGCUUGUCUCUUUAAUGACACCAAAGCUUUUAGGUGAGCGGCCUAACACAUACACGUACACUAAAGCCUUGGCAGAACAGCUCGUCCAACAGGAGUGUGGGAACAUUAAUGUCGCCAUUGUCAGGCCCUCUAUAGUAGGAGCCAGCUGGAAAGAACCGUUCCCUGGCUGGAUUGAUAAUUUCAAUGGGCCCAGUGGAAUAUUCAUUGCUGCAGGAAAAGGGAUUCUGCGAACAAUGAGGGCUUCAAAUAACGCUGUCGCUGACCUCGUGCCAGUGGAUGUAGUCAUAAACACAACUUUGGCCGCUGCCUGGUAUUCCGGAUCCCAGAGGCAUACCAGGCCGAGAAGUAUGUUGGUGUACAACUGCACAACAGGAGGGAUCAAUCCAUUUCAUUGGGGUGAAGUCGAGUACCAUGUUAUAUCCACUUUCAAGAGGAACCCACUCGAGCAGGCCAUCAGGCGGCCCAAUGUAAAUCUCACAUCCAAUCACCUUAUCAAUCAGUAUUGGAUUGCUGUAAGCCACAAGGCACCAGCAUUCCUAUAUGAUCUCAUCCUCAGGAUGACCGGAAGAGAACCCAGGAUGAUGAAGACAAUCACUCGGUUGCACAAGGCCAUGAUGGUGUUGGAAUACUUCACGAGCCACUCGUGGGUGUGGAACACUGACAACGUCACCAUGCUCAUGAACCAGAUGGGCUCUGAGGACAAGAAGGCAUUUAACUUUGACGUCAGGCAGUUACAUUGGGCAGAAUACAUGGAGAAUUACUGCAUGGGCACUAAGAAGUAUGUUCUCAAUGAAGAGCUGUCUGGACUUCCUGCAGCACGCAAACACUUGAACAAGCUGCGGAACAUUCGCUACACAUUCAACACCAUCUUGGUCAUUUUGAUCUGGCGCAUCUUCAUCGCCCGUUCGCAGAUGGCCAGAAACAUCUGGUACUUUGUCGUCAGCUUGUGCUUCAAGUUCGUCUCCUAUUUCAGAGCCUCCAGCACCAUGAAAUACUGAUCCCCCACACUCCUCCCACCUUGUCCAAUCCCACCGGCUAUGCACACACUUCUGCUUAGCGACACUUGGGACUCUGAAGUCCCUGCAGGGUCAAACAUACAAGCGUAGUAUCUGCUAUCCUCCCCUCCUGCGCAAGUUUGCCCUUCACUCAAGAGUGCAAGUGCACUCUUGCUGCAUAGAAAGCAUGACUUUUUUGACCUCAAGUUCUAAGAAGCUCUUUGAGCACAAGAAAAGCGAGAGCAUUCUUGCUGAGCGUGUUUGAGCACUUACUGUACCUGUUCCACCUCCUGAUUGCGAGCAGGUCAUGGGCGUCUUUUGAUUAUUAUGGUUUACAUACUUGCCCACACUUGUUCCAGGCAUUGCUUGUUGAUGGCAAUGACCUGUUUCCAACCGUAAUCAAUGAAGCACAAGGAGAAGAAAAAAUUAAGAGAGACUGGUUGGUCUCAGCUCUGUGCCUACCAUUCAGAAAUUAUCUUUUUUAUCAAGUGCCCGGUGUCUUUGUUAAAUCCAUUCUUUUUACAUUAGGGUCUUUCGUCUUACUACUUUCCUCUCUCUUUGAAAUGAGACGAAAGCAGUGAUCAUGGUCACACCAGUGUCUUGAGCCUCUGAUUUCAAGCCUUACAUUUAUGUCUACACACUUUUCUUUACUUGACCGUGUAAUCUUCGAUCAGUCAUCUUGAUAUACAUUAUUUGUACUACUUGACCUCUCGAUUGGGUUCAUUGUGUUUUGUAAGAACAAUCAAGCUUUUGGUUCCAUGAGUCAUAUUUCUGACAA